UAUAUACUUAAUGCUAACGAAGUCAUAGGAGGGCUGGGGAGAUGUCCGCAGUUCGCCAGUCAUGUCUCCCACGCGACCGCCUAGCAUGCGCAAACGUCAGAGCAUGCAUAUUCUUGACCUAGAAGCUAAAAUCGACCAACUCGCUUCCGAAAAUCGUUAUUUACAGGACGCUGUCGACCAAAGCAUACCUAGUCAUCUAUCCAGCGGCGACAAUGUGGAUUUACAAGACAUGCUCAAAACCCGUGAUUUGCAAUUACAAGAAAAAGACGCCGAGAUUCAACAGAUUCGGUCUCUGCUUGAACCCCUGCAGCGAGAGAUUGCCAAACUUACAGAUGUGAACAACAAUCUUUCAGAAGUCAAUCGCAGCUUCACAGCAAACAACGAUAUCCCUUAUGCCACUCUGCAGAGCGAACAUGCAAAUGCUCGUAAACAAUUACAACACACGAGUCAGGAGCUCGAUGGCCUCAAGAAACAGCAUCGUGAGCUUAGUGACAACAUGGAAGACAUUGUACGACAAGAAAUUGCCAACGCCUUAGAGGACAAAAAUGCGGAGAUUCGAAAGCUGCGUGAAGAACUGAAUAUGGCCACUCAGCAGAUUCGACUGCUUCAAAGUGAGAUCCUCGCUUCCAGGGGAGAUAACUACCUAACAACACGCAACGAGGACUACUUCGAUACUUCGUGUCAGAGACUUUGCCAACAUGUCCAGCAAUGGGUCCUGCGCUUCUCCAAAUACUCUGACAACCGCAUGUGUCGUCUGACCUCCGACUUGACAGACGAGAAGAUUGCAGCUAGGCUCGACAAUGCUAUUCUGGACGGAUCCGACGUCGACAAGUUACUCGGAGAUCGUAUUCGUCGACGCGAUGUCUUCAUGUCUGUUGUUAUGACAAUGAUAUGGGAAUACGUGUUUACCAGAUACCUGUUCGGUAUGGAUAGAGAACAGCGACAGAAGCUCAAGGCAUUGGAGAAGAUAUUAUUCGAGACCGGCCCUCCACGCGCUGUCGCGCAAUGGAGAGCAAUUACCUUGACACUACUAUCUCAUCGACCUGCGUUUGCAACCCAGCGCAAUCUGGACACCGAGGCUGUAACUCAAGAGAUCUUCAGUGUCUUAUCUGCGCUACUCCCGCCUCCUGCUCAGCUUGAACCGCAGAUCUUGUCAUCACUGCGAAACGUACUUCGUCUAGCAGUCGAGCUAUCGAUUGAGAUGCGUUCGCAGAAAGCCGAGUACAUCAUGCUACCACCUCUGCAGCCAGAAUACGAUACCCACGGGGAUCUUGUCCGAAAGGUCCACUUCAACGCCGCUCUCAUGAACGAACGCUCAGGUGACUUCAACAGUAACGACGAACUUGAGCGCAGCCAAGCAGUCGUCAAAAUCGUGUUGUUCCCUCUUGUCGUAAAGAAGGGUGAUGAUUUUGGCGAAGGAGAAGAUGAGAUCGUGGUCUGUCCUGCUCAAGUACUCGUUGCCGGAUCGAAACAGGGGAAGAAAGUUGUGAGGGUCUUGAGCGGUGCUAUGGAUAUAGAUAAUCCGAGAACCAGCAAUCAUAGCAUUAUUUCGGGAUUGGAGAGUGGGAAUAUGAUUUGAGGAAGACAAUUGGAGGGAAGGAGAGGCUAAUGAGCACACACACCUAGUUUUCCGGGCCACACAUUCUUACGGGGGCAUGAUCAUGAUCACGAUUAUGACGAGGCGGUUUGACGGUC